AUGCGUCGCGCAGCUUACGCGGCCGGAAUGAUGAUACGCGAGACCGGCCAGGCCCUCGAUCGCGUCGGCUCCCGUUUGCAAGGCAAGUACGCCUUCAUCGAGCAACUCUCGCGCCACCGCCAAGUCAUGAAUCUGCGCGAUUCGAAGCCCAUCAUCUCCUCGGACGUCUUCCUGGCACCGUCGGCUAGCGUCAUCGGCAACGUCGAGCUGCACGCCUCCUCCUCGGUCUGGUACGGCGCCGUCAUCCGCGGCGACACGGGCCCCGUGACCAUUGGCGAACGCGCUGCCGUGCAGGACCGCGCCGUCAUCCAUGCGCCGUCGCGCGUCGGUGCGGCCGCCACCAUCUCGUGCGGAGCGGUCGUGGAGGCGGCUGCCGUGGGCCCCAAUUCUGUCGUCGGGCCCGCCGCCGUCAUCGCCAAGGGCGCCGUCGUGGGAGCUGGGUCCAUGGUCGCCCCCGGGAGCUACGUCGCUCCGGGCACGGAGAUCGCUGACGGCGAGCUGUGGAGCGGAGUUCCGGCAGUUCGGGAGAGGACCCUUAGCGCACAGGAGCAGGAGGCAAUUAAGCAGGCGUCGAUUGAUAUGGCCAAUUUGGCGUCUGCGCAUGCGACCGAGGCGGGGAAAACCCAUGAACAGAUCGAGGCGGAGAAGUUGAGGCAGGAGCUGUUGGAUGAGCGCUCGGAGGAUUAUAAUUCGCAUAUGGGACUCAUUGGGAAAGAGGCCGACAUUGUUGAGACCCAGGCCAGGGUCGUGGAAGAGGAUCGCAGGCUGCAAAGGCAGGCUGGCUCGGCAUGA